AUGUCGGCCCUUUUGGCAGACUACGCAUCUUCGGACGAAGAGGUACCAGGUCCAAGUACUUCAACCUCAUGUCUUCCCACUAAAGGCAAGAACUUUCAGUCCGCGGAUGAUGAAGAUGAGGAUGAGGAGAAAUUGGAGGAACAAGUGCGAACUGACGCUUUUGGUCUUUCCACCAACGGAGCGUCGUCUUCUACUGGGCCACAAAGAGAUGUGAAAGCUCAAGUGGUGGCGGCUCCUGACGUGUUAAAAGAAGACCCAAAUGGAGCUGGGUUGGCAAUCAUCACUAGACCCACGGAUAAGGUCAUCAAUGUUAACAUCAGCUAUGAGGAUAUGACCAGACCUGUGGCUGGUCCUGUGGAUCCUUUUAAUAAGAAAAGGAAUGCAGGAAUGAACUCUCUGGCGGGUCAUGUGGAAGAACAAGCCAUGGAUCAUCACUCUUUCAUGGUUCAACAACGAACAUAUGACGUUCACGGUUACGCUCUUAAUCCCUCUGCUCAUUCUAACGGUCAAGCAUCAUACGUUGGUUCCCUCAACGCUGCGGAACAAAAUCAAUUCGAUAUGAUUGAACACAUCCGAUCAUCUCGAUCCGAACGACGUGAAGCCAAGCGGAAGAGAGCAAACAAAGGUGAUGCCGAAGUGGUCGAUGGUGAAGGUGCUUAUAUGGGACCAUGGGCACAAUGGGAAAGUGAAAAACAAGUGGAACCUAUCGUCGAGGAAGAAGCUGAAGAAUGGAGAGAAGAAAAAAGAAAAAGAGAAGAAGCUGCACAAGUUGCUAAAGAGAAAAUGGCAGCUGCGAAAGAAGAAAAAACCAUUUUUCAUGGAAAAGAAUUACACGAUUAUGCUGGAAGAACAUAUAUGCACAUACCUACGGAUUUAGAUGUUAAAUUGAAUCCUUCGGAAGAUACACCACCUCCUAAUGCAUAUCUUCCCGAGAAGUGUAUACAUACUUGGACUGGACAUAAUAAGGGUAUAUCACGGAUCAAAUUAUUCCCUGUUUCUGGUCAUUUACUUCUCUCAGCAAGUAUGGAUACAAAGAUUAAACUUUGGGAUGUUUAUCAUGAAGGAAAUUGUUUACGUACUUUUAUAGGUCAUUCACAAGCUGUCAAAGAUGUCGCCUUCAAUAAUAAAGGUUCAAAAUUCUUAUCGACCUCUUAUGAUCGAUAUAUAAAAUGUUGGGAUACAGAAACUGGGAAAUGUAUUCAAGCUUUUAGUAAUGGUAAAAUGGCCAAUGUUAUAAAAUAUCAUCCAGACCCGGAUAAACAAAAUAUCUGGAUGGCAGGAAUGACAGAUAAGAAGAUUAUUCAGUAUGAUACUAGAGCGCAUGAGAUAAUACAAACAUAUGAUCAACAUUUAGGACCUGUAAAUACGAUAACAUUCGUCGAUGAAAAUAGAAGGUUUUUCACUACUUCUGAUGAUAAAACUCUUCGAGGAUGGGAUUACGAUAUACCGGUUACGAUCAAAUAUAUCGCUGAACCUUAUAUGCACUCUAUGCCUGCUGUGACACAUCAUCCCACUUUGAAUUACUUCGCUUGUCAAUCACUAGACAACCAAAUAUUAGUUUGGGCAGCAGACGGAGCUUUCCGUCAAGCUAAAAAGAAACGUUUCGCAGGUCAUACAGUUGCGGGAUACGCAUGUCAAAUAGGUUUUUCACCCGAUGGAAAAUAUAUAUCUUCAGGUACGGGAGGAGGUGAGAUGGUGUUUUGGGAUUGGAGAUCUGGUAGGAUACAAAAAAGGUUUAAAGCGCAUAAUCAAGUUGUUAUUGAUCAUGUUUGGUUACCUAAUGAACAUUCAAAAGUUAUCACUGCAAGUUGGGAUGGUCUGAUCAAAUUGUGGUCAUGA